AUAUGAGACGAAGUUUGUUCACUGUCCAAAACCCUAAUUGAGAAGAAGAGAAAGGCACGUACUUGUUCUUCAUUUUCAUCUUUGCCGCCUUCCGAAGAUGAAGUUCAACAUUGCAAAUCCGACCACUGGUUGCCAGAAGAAGCUCGAGAUUGACGAUGACCAGAAACUUCGAGCCUUUUUCGACAAAAGGAUCUCCCAAGAGGUCAGCGGAGAUGCCCUGGGUGAGGAGUUCAAGGGUUACGUGUUCAAGAUUAUGGGAGGAUGUGACAAGCAAGGGUUUCCAAUGAAGCAGGGAGUUUUAACUCCAGGCCGCGUUCGCCUUCUGCUAUACCGAGGUACUCCUUGUUUCCGGGGAUAUGGUCGGAGAAAUGGUGAGCGCAGAAGGAAAUCUGUACGUGGAUGCAUUGUUAGCCCUGAUCUUUCUGUUCUGAAUCUUGUUAUUGUUAAAAAGGGUGAGAAUGAUCUGCCUGGACUGACUGAUACUGAGAAACCAAGGAUGAGAGGACCCAAGAGAGCUUCGAAGAUCAGAAAGCUCUUCAACCUUUCCAAGGAAGAUGAUGUCAGGAAGUAUGUCAACACCUACCGCAGAAACUUCACUACCAAAGCUGGGAAAAAUGCGAGCAAAGCUCCUAAGAUUCAGAGGCUUGUGACACCCUUGACUCUGCAAAGAAAGAGGGCAAGAAUUGCUGACAAGAAGAAGAGAAUUGCCAAGGCCAAGUCAGAGGCUGCUGAUUAUCAGAAGCUUCUUGCUUCAAGGUUGAAGGAACAAAGAGAAAGGCGUAGCGAGAGUUUGGCUAAGAAGAGGUCUAGGCUCUCUGCAGCUUCUAAGCCAUCCAUUGCCGCUUAGUUCAUUGGAAUGGAAUGUACUUCCUUCUAUUUUUGGGUCUGGUUUUAGUUAUUGUUGGAUGUAGUACAUGGUUUUGGUAAUUUUGAUCAUUCCUGAUAUUUUGAGUCUGAUAGUACUUCAAAGAUUGAAGAUUUUUGUUAAUUGGCAAUCUUCUAUUUUUAUGUUUUUCUUGAUCUGGCUACUUUGAAAAAUUUACCAUGUUUUCAUUCUAUUGGAUAUGCACCAGAUGAUUUAAGAGAGGUACUA